CUAGCGACAGUGGGCGGUAGAGCAGCGCUAGUGCCAGCGCAGACGGGUACAAUGUCACUGGAGAGAUGUCAAAGUGAAUGGACAGAAAUAGAGCAAGAAUAUCAGCAAUUACAGGAAACGCAUAAAGUCUACAGACAGAAGCUGGAGGAGCUGACGAACCUGCAGGCGAUAUGCAGCAGUGCCAUUAGCAAGCAAAGAAAAGGCCUGAAAGACCUCAAGCAAAGUCUUCAUAAGUGUACGAAAACAUGCAAUGAAAAGGAAACGGAGGUGGUAAACGACCUGCUGGUGCAAAUUAAAGAAAGGCAAAAUGUCUUUUUUGACAUGGAGGCUUAUUUGCCAAAGAAAAAUGGAUUGUACUUAAAUUUGGUCCUUGGAAAUGUGAACGUCACGCUCCUCAGUAACCAAGCCAAGUUUGCGUACAAAGACGAGUAUGAGAAGUUCAAACUUUAUAUGACUAUAAUACUAAUGUUUGGUGCCGUUACCUGCCUCUUCCUUCUCAACUACCGGGUUACAGAUGAAAUCUUCAACUUUUUAUUGGUGUGGUAUUAUUGCACACUGACAAUAAGAGAGAGCAUCCUCAUGAGCAAUGGGUCGCGAAUUAAAGGCUGGUGGGUGUCACAUCACUACGUCUCAACCUUUUUAUCAGGUGUUAUGUUGACGUGGCCGGAAGGUCCAAUGUAUCAGAUGUUCAGAAGUCAGUUCCUGGCUUUCUCCAUCUAUCAGAGUUGUGUGCAGUUUCUUCAGUAUUAUUAUCAGAGCGGCUGCUUGUAUCGGUUACGGGCUCUGGGGGAAAGAAACCAGCUGGACCUGACAGUGGAGGGCUUUCAAUCAUGGAUGUGGAGGGGGCUUACAUUCCUCCUUCCGUUUCUAUUCUUUGGCCAUUUUUGGCAGCUGUACAAUGCUGUGACUCUUUUUAAGCUAUCUGCCCGUGAUGACUGCAAGGAAUGGCAGGUGUUCAUGCUGGCCUUGACGUUCCUCGUCCUGUUCCUUGGAAAUUUCCUCACUACUCUGAAAGUGGUCCACCAAAAGCUCCAGAAGAACAAAGAAAAGGUCAAAAAUAACUGACGAGACGCCACAUGGAAGAUUUCAUACGCAGCAAGGCCAGUGUGGAGCUCACAGAACUGAACUUGAAAGCGCACAAAACUGUUUCGUCUAUUGGAGUCGCGUCCCACGAGCUGUUUGGAGAGGGUUGGAGGUAGAUGUUGACGUCUCCCCGAACUCGUUUCAGCAGCGUCCGUGAAGCUCAAGAUUUCGUGUCACGUUGCCCUAUCGUCUGCCAUGUUGUUUUUGCUCUUAUUAAUGCAAUCACAGCAGUUAGAGGGUAAUGUUUGGGUUAGACACCACUGACAACCUUCAGACACUGUAUACUCAAUAAGUGAGACUUCAAUUCACUUUUGUUUUGUUCCUGUGCAUGGAUAUGUUUACAAUAAAGCCACAUUUAAACUUUAUGCAACGCAGCAGGAAGGCUGGAGAAGGCUGCAGAUUGCAGCAUCUCAAAGGGAUUUGUUAUGGGUUUUUUUAAAAAGCUGGAUAGUAAUUAAAGUACUUGUUCUCAUCAAGGCAUUUUAGCUGAAGCUUAUGUUACGUAUUUGCGGGAAAGCACUGAUGCAAUGACACUUCAAGGGAAAGGUGUGUUUUGCACGUCGUGGCUUGUUGCUACGAGUGAUUGAGCAAGGCCAAAUUCUUGAUUUAAAGAAAUAGUUCACUGGAAAAUAAACAUUUGAUUAGAACUUGCUCACCCUCAGGCCAUCAGUGAUGCAGAUGAGUUUGUUCCUUAAUCAGAUUUGGAGAAAUUUAGCAUCGCAUCACUUGCUCACCAACAGAUCCUCUGUAGUGAAUGGGUGCCGUCAGAAUGAAAGUCCGAACAGCUGAUUUAAAAACAUCACAAGGAAUCCACACGACUCCAGUCCAUCAAUUAACAAUUGAUUAAUUAUCCAUAAAACUGCUUUCAGCAGUGAACAUUUUCUCAUCUGAAUCAAAAGAGAAAUAUGCACAAAUGAUGGAUUUGUUUCUUGCAAACAUGCCGCUUUUCGUUUCACAGGACAAUAAUUGAUAGACUGAAGUGUGAUGUUUUUAUCAUCUGUUUGGACUCUCAUUCUGACGGCACCCAUUCACUACAAAGGAUCCGUUGGUGAGCAAGUACUGCAAAAUUUCUCCUACAUGUUUAUUUUAAGGUCACAUGAUAUUCCCUGACACCUUAUAAAAGUAGAUAUGUAUUAUUAACGAUGGCAAUAAAGCUCCGGUAACACUUUCUAGUACAUUAGGAGCAUCCCCUUUCUCCUGCCUUGUUAUUUUCACCUGUUUGGUAGUUGUAUUCAAAGCAUAGACAUGUAACUGCAUUGUAAGUCAGAAUAAUGUUGAACUACAUCUAAUGUGAAAUGAAAACUGUUAGAAGUACAAGUAAUCAGAUGAACCAAUAUGUGUUUCUGUUACUUUAAAUGACUGUGUCAAAGAAAUGUUUUUCAUGGUUUACCAUCAUGGAGUUUGCAGACAAGGCCUAUGUGAUGAAAGGCAAGCAGUGACAGAGUUUGCGUUUGGUUACUGGAUUAUUUGUUUGCCUUAAUGCUCUCCUUUGCCUGUUUACACCUGGUUUAGUUUAGUUUAGCCUAGAACCCAAGUGUUACAAGUCGUUUGGAGUUUCAUGGGCUUUGUGAACUGAAGCAAAACGCUGUAAUUAAAGGGAUUUCUCAUGUUGGGAAA